CUAAUGUUUGGGCUAGCUCGCUAGCUAGCGAUAGACGAAAAACACUGUUAGCUUGCCAUGGACAGCUAACAUUAGGCAUUAGCCGUAUUCCUUCAACUGCAUAACUUGUCUGGCUAGCACUAGCUUAUUUUGAUAUCAAAAGUUGUUCAUAUGGGGUGGCUAUAAUUUGAGUCAUCGGUCACGGAUGAUGCAUUGGGUUGACACCAAAUAGUAGAAUGACAACUUGAUUGCCUUGCUUACACUCGCUUUCUGUGGAGAUAUAACCUUAUAUUAAAGCCGGUUGAUGUCUAAACUGAAGUGAAAAUGGCUGACGGCCUCUUCCUUAUGUAGCCAGCUGACUGGACUAGCUAGCUAGUAUUACCACGGCGCGCGUUAAAGAUUUAGGUUUCGUUAUGUCUCAUUUGUAGACGCAUUUUCCAAGCAUUAGCGAACCUUUCAAUAACACAAAGUAGUUUCCUUUAUCUGCCAUGGAACAUGAAAUGUUGAGAUAACGUUGUCAGUCACUGAUAUAACGUUAUAACGUUUUUAGCUAACAAGAAACGUUCGGUACGACAUCAUUGCAAGUCUGGUUAGCUCUUGGCUCCCCAUUACUCCCAAUAGCAAGCUAGCGAUAGACAUGGCAUUACCAUAUUCGUUAGAGUAGUUGGAAUGGUGUGCUACCAAGCCAUAGAGCUAUCUCUGCAGCCAGCUAGCAAUAGCUUAUCAGGAAACGGGCCUGGAUUCUGCGUUAGGCCUAUUUACUUGUUAGCGCUCUGAGUUGACGAUAGACGACGAGUUGAAUUUGCACUGUAUUGCUGUUUGGUGUUCAAUCAUUUCGUUUGGAUCAUGAAAGUUGACUCUUGAGUAGUAUUUAUUGUGGCUUGACCCACCGGAAACGCCCAUGAUGAAGCCUGGCUUUUUCGCACUACUCAAAAGGACAUUAGCAAGCUUGGUAGCAUUGUGUAGCUUGUCGGAACUUGGGCACCUUGGGCUGGACAAUUAUUCAGCGAAUUGAUUUGGUUAUGCAAUGGUCUCUGCAAUUCCUCCAGUGCUUACGGUGGUGCUUUCCCUCUCCUGCGCAUGCCGCUUGCCUGUCAGUCUUGAGGAGGCUGUGAUUUCUCCCCGCGCGCCAGCCACAUAAGUGGACAAGAUUGCAAAGAUCUGCCCCGUGUCGAGUAUGACGGCCACCACGCGUGGCUCUCCGGUGGGGGGCAACGAGAGUCAGGGCCAGGGACAGGCCCCCGAUGGCCAGUCCCAGCCCCCGCUGCCCCAGAACCAGCAGACGUCCUCUCCUAACUCCUCCAAUGAGAACUCCCCGGUGAGCCCUCCAGAGGAGCAGGGCCAGGGGGACUGUCCUCCCCAGCUGGAGGAGGAGGAGCCCGCCUUCCCCCACACCGACUUGGCCAAGCUGGAUGACAUGAUCAACAGACCCCGCUGGGUUGUUCCGGUUCUGCCAAAGGGUGAAUUAGAAGUUCUUCUCGAAGCUGCUAUAGACCUUAGUAAAAAAGGACUGGAUGUCAAGUGUGAAGCGUGCCAGAGGUUUUUCCGAGACGGCUUGACUAUUUCCUUCACCAAGAUACUGACAGAUGAGGCCGUCAGUGGAUGGAAGUUUGAGAUCCACCGAUGCAUCAUCAACAACACCCAUCGGCUGGUGGAGCUGUGCGUGGCCAAGCUGUCCCAGGACUGGUUUCCCCUGCUGGAGCUCUUGGCCAUGGCCACCAACCCGCACUGCAAGUUCCACAUCUACAACGGCACACGGCCCUCCGAGACCGUGCCUGCCGGGGUGCAGCUGGCCGAGGACGAGCUCUUUGCACGCCCGCCUGACCCGCGCUCCCCCAAGGGCUGGCUGGUGGAUUUAAUAAACAAAUUUGGCACAGGCACAUUAAACGGGUUCCAGAUUCUGCAUGAUCGCUUCAUGAGCGGCCAGGCUCUGAACGUGCAGAUCAUCGCAGCACUUAUCAAGCCUUUCGGGCAGUGCUAUGAAUUCCUCACUUUGCACACGGUGAAGAAGUACUUCCUCCCCAUCAUAGAAAUGGUCCCCCAGUUUCUAGAAAACCUCACGGACGAGGAGCUAAAGAAGGAGGCCAAGAACGAAGCCAAAAACGACGCCCUGUCCAUGAUCAUCAAGUCACUUAAGAACCUGGCGUCACGGCUACCAGGGCAGGAGGAGACUGUCAAAAAUUUAGAAAUUUUUAGGUUAAAAAUGAUUCUUAGAUUAUUGCAAAUAUCUUCUUUUAAUGGCAAAAUGAAUGCACUAAAUGAAGUAAACAAGGUGAUCUCCAGCGUGUCCUACUAUACUCAUCGGCAUGGCAACCCGGAGGAAGAAGAGUGGCUGACUGCUGAACGCAUGGCGGAGUGGAUUCAGCAGAACAACAUUCUGUCGAUCGUGCUGCGGGACAGCCUGCACCAGCCCCAGUACGUGGAGAAGCUGGAGAAGAUCUUGCGCUUCGUCAUCAAGGAGAAGGCCCUCACCCUGCAGGACCUGGACAACAUCUGGGCUGCUCAGGCCGGGAAGCAUGAGGCUAUUGUAAAGAAUGUCCAUGACCUUCUGGCUAAGCUGGCGUGGGAUUUCUCUCCUGAGCAGUUGGAUCAUCUGUUUGACUGUUUCAAGGCAAGCUGGACCAACGCGAGCAAAAAGCAGCGCGAGAAGCUUCUGGAGCUGAUCCGGCGCCUGGCGGAGGACGACAAGGACGGCGUGAUGGCCCACAAGGUGCUGAACCUGCUGUGGAACCUAGCGCACAGUGAUGACGUGCCUGUGGACAUCAUGGACCAGGCCCUGAGUGCCCACAUCAAGAUCCUCGACUACAGCUGCUCACAGGACCGCGACACCCAGAAGAUCCAGUGGAUCGACCGCUUCAUUGAAGAGCUGCGCACCAACGAUAAAUGGGUGAUCCCUGCCCUCAAGCAGAUCCGAGAGAUCUGUAGCCUGUUUGGGGAGGCUCCUCAGAACCUGAGAAAGAAAAUACCUAUUAACAUACAAAAGAACUUAGAGGGUCAAACCCAGAGGAGUCCGCACGUGUUCUAUCGGCACGACCUGAUCAACCAGCUGCAGCACAACCACGCGCUGGUCACGCUGGUGGCCGAGAACCUGUCGGCCUACAUGGAGAGCAUGAGGCAGUUCUCCAAAGCCGAGCACGCCGACUUUGACCCGCAAACGGUGAGGCCAGGAAGCCGAUACAGCCACGUGCAGGAAGUCCAGGAGAGGCUCAAUUUCUUGAGGUUCCUGCUGAAGGACGGUCAGCUGUGGCUGUGCGCACCGCAGGCCAAGCAGAUCUGGAAGUGCCUGGCAGAGAAUGCGGUGUUCCUCUGCGACCGCGAGGCCUGCUUCAAGUGGUACUCCAAGCUGAUGGGCGACGAGCCCGACCUUGACCCGGACAUCAACAAGGACUUUUUCGAGAACAACGUGCUGCAGCUGGACCCCUCGCUGCUAACCGAGAACGGCAUGAAGUGCUUUGAGCGCUUCUUCAAGGCCGUCAACUGCCGCGAGGGCAAGCUGGUGGCCAAGCGCCGCGCCUACAUGAUGGACGAUCUGGAGCUUAUCGGCCUGGACUACCUCUGGAGGGUUGUGAUUCAGGGAAGUGAUGACAUCGCCAGCCGUGCGAUAGAUCUGCUCAAAGAGAUCUACACCAACCUCGGACCAAAACUGCAAGUCAAUCAGGUUGAGAUCCAUGAGGAUUUCAUCCAGUCGUGCUUUGACCGUCUGAAGGCGUCGUACGACACCCUGUGUGUGCUGGACGGGGACAAGGACAGCAUCAACUGUGCGCGGCAGGAGGCCAUUCGCAUGGUGCGGGUGCUGACCGUACUGAGGGAGUACAUCACCGAGUGUGACAGCGACUACCAUGAGGAGCGCACCAUCCUGCCCAUGUCCAGGGCGUUUCGGGGCAAGCACAUCACGCUGAUCGUGCGCUUCCCCAACCAGGGUCGGCAGGUGGACGACCUGGACAUCUGGUCGCACACCAACGACACCAUCGGCUCGGUGCGGCGCUCCAUCCUCAACCGCAUCAAGGCCAACAGCACGCACACCAAGAUCGAGCUGUACAUCGGCGGCGAGAUGGUGGACCCCAACGAUGACCGCAAGCUCAUUGGCCAGCUCAACCUCAAGGACAAGACGCUGAUCACGGCCAAGCUGACGCAGGUGAGUGCCAACAUGCCGUCCAGCCCCGACAGCUCGUCCGACUCCUCCACCGGCUCCCCUGGCAACCACGGCAACCACUACAGCGACGGGCCCAACCCGGAGGUGGAGAGCUGCCUACCUGGAGUGAUCAUGUCGCUGCACCUGCGCUACAUCUCCUUCCUGUGGCAGGUGGCUGAUCUGGGCUGCAACCUCAACAUGCCGCUCCUGCGAGAUGGAGCUCGCGUCCUCAUGAAGCUCAUGCCCCCAGAUAACACUACAAUGGAGAACCUGCGAGCGAUCUGCCUGGAUCAUGCCAAGCUGGGAGAGAACAGCCUUAGCCCCACUCUCGACUCUCGCUUCUUUGGCCCGUCGCCUUCUCAAGUGCUCUACUUGAUCGAGGUGGUGUACGCGCUGCUGAUGCCGGCCAGCCACACGCUGGGCGAGGACGCCAGCGACUUCCAGUACAACUUCCUGAAGAGCGGUGGGCUACCGCUGGUGCUCAGCAUGCUGACACGCAACAACUUCCUGCCCAAUGCCGACAUGGAGACGCGGCGCGGCGCCUACCUCAACGCCCUGAAGAUCGCCAAGCUCCUGCUGACUGCCGUGGGCUUCGGGCACGUGAAGGCGGUGGCCGAGGCCUGUCAGCCCGUGGUGGAGGGCAGCAUGCCCGUCUCGCCGAUCAACCAGGCCACCCAUGACCAGGCGCUGGUGCUGCAGAAUGCGCUGCAGAACAUCCCCAACCCCUCGGCAGAGUGCAUGCUGCGCAACGUGGCCAUCCGCCUCGCGCAGCAGAUCUCAGACGAGAACUUCUUCCAGGCCUCAAAGUACUUCCCAGACAUCUGUGUGAUUCGGGCCAUACAGAAGAUCGUCUGGGCCUCGGGCUGCGGCACUGUGCAGCUGGUCUUCAGCUCCAAUGAGGAGAUCAGCAAAAUCUACGAGAAGACGAACGCAGGUAAUGAGCCGGAUGCGGAGGAUGAGCAGGUGUGCUGCGAGGCGCUGGAGGUCAUGACCCUGUGCUUCGCCCUGACGCCCACCGCCCUUGACGCCCUCAGCAAGGAGAAGGCCUGGCAGACCUUCAUCAUCGACCUGCUGCUGCACUGCCAGAGCAAGUCUGUGCGUCAGAUGGCCCAGGAGCAGUUCUUUCUCAUGGCCACCAGGUGCUGCAUGGGCCACCGUCCCCUCCUCUUCUUCAUCACCCUCCUCUUCACUGUUUUAGGAAGCACUGCAAAGGAGCGUGCAAAGCACGCUGGAGAUUACUUCACUCUUCUAAGGCACUUGCUCAACUACGCAUACAACAGUAACAUCAACCUCCCCAACGCAGAGGUGCUGCUCAACAACGAGAUCGACUGGCUCAAGAGAAUCAGGGAUGAGGUGAAGCGGAGCGGGGAGACGGGGGUAGAGGAGACCAUCCUGGAGGGCCACCUGGGUGUCACCAAGGAGCUGCUGGCCUUCCAGACGGCCGAGAAGAAGUACUACAUCGGCUGCGAGAAGGGAGGCGCCAACCUCAUCAAGGAGCUGAUCGAUGACUUCAUAUUCCCGGCGUCCAAUGUGUACCUGCAGUACAUGAAGAGCGGCGAGUUCCCCACGGAGCAGGCCAUCCCCGUCUGCAGCAGCCCCGCCACCAUCAACGCCGGCUUCGAGCUGCUCGUGGCCCUCGCCGUGGGCUGCGUUCGCAACCUCAAGCAGAUUGUGGACACGCUCACAGAGAUGUAUUACCUAAGUUGUGAAGCACUUACGGAGUGGGAGUACCUGCCGCCGGUGGGUCCACGGCCCACCAAGGGCUUUGUGGGGCUGAAGAACGCGGGGGCUACGUGCUACAUGAACUCCGUCAUCCAGCAGCUCUACAUGAUCCCGCCCAUCCGCAACGGCAUCCUGGCCAUCGAGGGCACUGGCAGCGACGUGGACGACGACAUGUCAGGGGACGAGAAGCAGGACAACGAGAGCAAUGUGGACCCGCGGGACGAGGUGUUCAGCUACCAUCACCAGUUUGACGACAAGCCGUCCCUCAGCAAGGCGGAGGACAGGAAGGAGUACAACAUUGGUGUCUUGCGCCACCUGCAGGUCAUCUUCGGUCACCUGGCCGCCUCGCGCCUCCAGUACUACGUGCCCCGGGGAUUCUGGAAGCAGUUCAGGUUAUGGGGUGAGCCGGUAAACCUGCGGGAGCAGCACGAUGCACUGGAGUUCUUCAACUCGCUGGUGGACAGCCUGGACGAGGCCCUGAAGGCCCUGGGCCACCCGGCCAUGCUCAGCAAGGUCCUGGGAGGCUCCUUCGCCGACCAGAAGAUCUGCCAAGGAUGUCCUCACAGAUAUGAAUGUGAGGAGUCAUUCACCACACUGAAUGUAGAUAUCAGGAACCACCAGAACCUUCUGGACUCCAUGGAGCAGUACGUGAAGGGAGACCUGCUGGAGGGGGCCAACGCCUAUCACUGUGAGAAGUGCAACAAGAAGGUGGACACGGUGAAAAGGCUGCUCAUCAAGAAGCUCCCUCCUGUGCUAGCCAUCCAGCUGAAGCGCUUCGAUUACGACUGGGAGCGCGAGUGCGCCAUCAAGUUCAACGACUACUUCGAGUUCCCACGCGAGCUGGACAUGGAGCCCUACACGGUGGCCGGCGUGGCCAAGCUGGAAGGCUCGUCCGACUCCUCCAGCCCCGACAGCCAGACGCCGCGGUCUGACGACCCCAAGGACAACCCCCCGCUCCCGGCCGACUCGCCCCAGCCGCCCGAGUCCCCCCAGCCCCCGCCCGUGGUGGUGGUGGACCCCCAGUCCCCCAGCUCGCGCUACCGCCUGGUGGGUGUGCUGGUUCACUCGGGCCAGGCCAGCGGUGGGCAUUACUACUCGUACGUCAUCCACCGCGGCGAGGGGGGCAGCCUGGGCGGCGGCGGAGGGGGCGGGGUCGGGGCCACGGACAGCGAGCGCAACCGCUGGUACAAGUUCGACGACGGCGAGGUGACAGAGUGCAAGAUGGACGACGACGAGGAGAUGAAGAACCAGUGCUUUGGCGGCGAGUACAUGGGCGAGGUGUUCGACCACAUGAUGAAGCGCAUGUCCUACCGCCGGCAGAAGCGCUGGUGGAACGCCUACAUCCUCUUCUACGAGCGCAUGGACGUGCCCGACCGCGACGGCGAGCUGGUCAAGUACAUCCAGGAGCUGACGCUGGGCAGCAAGCCCAACCAGAUCAAGAUGCCCGGCGCCAUCGAGUGCAGUGUGCGCAAGCAGAACGUGCAGUUCAUGCACAACCGCAUGCAGUACAGCCUGGAGUACUUCCAGUUCAUGAAGAAGCUGCUGACGUGUAACAGCGUCUACCUGAACCCUCCGCCAGGACAAGAUCAUCUUCUGCCCGAGGCGGAGGAGAUCGCAAUGAUCAGCAUUCAGCUGGCCGCACGCUUCCUCUUCAGCACCGGGUUCCACACCAAGAAGGUGGUGAGAGGCCCGGCCAGUGACUGGUAUGAUGCCCUGUGCAUCCUGCUGAGGCACAGUAAGAAUGUACGCUACUGGUUUGCACAUAACGUCCUCUUCGCCUUCCCCACCCGCUUCUCCGAGUACCUGCUGGAGUGCCCCAGCGCCGAGGUGCGGGGGGCCUUCGCCAAGCUCAUAGUAUUUAUUGCGCACUUCUCCCUGCAAGACGGACCAUGCCCCUCACCGAUUGCCUCGCCAGGGCCCUCCAGUCAGGCCUGUGAUAACCUGAGCCUAAGUGACCACCUGUUGCGUGCGGUUCUCAAUCUGCUGCGGAGAGAGGUGUCUGAGCACGGCCGCCACCUGCAGCAGUACUUCAACCUCUUCGUCAUGUACGCCAACCUGGGCCUUGCGGAGAAGACCCAGCUGUUGAAGCUCGGUGUGCCCGCCACCUUCAUGCUGGUGGCCCUGGACGAGGGCCCCGGGCCGCCCAUCAAGUACCAGUACGCCGAGCUGGGCAAGCUCUUCACCGUGGUGUCCCAGCUGGUGCGCUGCUGCGACGUGGCCUCACGCAUGCAGUCCUCCAUUAAUGGGGACUCUGUCUCCUCUUCUCCGCCCUCCGCAGGCAACCCGCCGCUGGCCAACCCCUACGGCGACGCCAACCUGACGGCGCCCAUCAUGCCGCUGCAGCAGCUGGUGGCCGAGAUCCUCUUUGUGCGCACCAGCUACGUCAAGAAGAUCAUCGAGGACUGCAGCAACUCGGAGGAGACCAUCAAGCUGCUGCGCUUCUGCUGCUGGGAGAACCCCCAGUUCUCCUCCACCGUGCUCAGCGAGCUGCUCUGGCAGGUCAGGACCCCGCUAGCACUAGCUCAGCCCCCGAGCAACGGCAAGGUGGCUUAUUCUUACACUUACGAGCUUAGGCCUUAUUUGGAUCUGCUGUUGCAGAUUCUUCUUAUCGAAGACUCCUGGCAGACCCAUAGAAUUCAUAAUGUGUUGAAAGGGAUCCCAGAUGACCGGGAUGGGCUAUUCGACACCAUCCAGCGCUCCAAGAACCACUAUCAGAAGAGGGCCUACCAGUGCAUCAAAUGCAUGGUGGCCCUCUUCAGCAACUGCUCUGUGGCCUAUCAGAUCCUGCAGAGUAACGGCGACCUGAAGAGGAAGUGGACAUGGGCGGUGGAGUGGCUGGGCGACGAGCUGGAGCGCCGGCCGUACACGGGCAACGCCCAGUACACCUACAACAACUGGUCCCCGCCCGUGCAGAGCAACGAGACCUCCAACGGAUACUUCCUGGAGCGCUCGCACAGCGCCCGCAUGACCCUGGCCAAAGCCUGCGAACUCUGCCCAGAGGAGUGCCACUUAACGAAGCACGAGGCUGUGUCGGAGGAGGACGGGGUCCGGAAGCCGUCCUCGCCUCAACAGCUAAUGCCAGGGGAGGUGGCAGUCCAACCGCAGAACACUGAGCCUGACGACCAGGAUGCCCCGGAAGACCAGGACUCCUCUCCCCCUGAAGACACCUCCCUGUACCCCAACUCUCCAGGGACCCAGUAUCAACAGCAGAACAACCACCCCCACGGUCAGGGUCAGCCCUACACAGGCCCGGCAGCGCAGCAUAUGAACAACCCCCAGCGCCCCGGCCCCGGCCCAGCCCCAGCCUCCACCUCCGGAUCCGGUUCUGGCUCUGCCCCAGGCACCACCGGCUCCACCGGCCCUGGCACUAGCACUGGCACCGGCUCUGGGUCUGGAUCUGGAUCUGGAUCUGGACCCCGAGCACAAGAGAACUGGGAGCCCACUGAGGAGGUGCCGCCGGCCCAGACCACCACCAAGGAGUAGCAGCAGCAGCAGCAACCAGACAGCCACAGCCAAGGCCUCAGUAGCGCCUGCUCAAAUAACUCCUCCUCCUUCUCCUCCUUCGUCGCCGCCGUUGCCGCACCUCUGCCCUUAAAAAAAUGAAAUCAUUAAGCCUGUGCGCUCCUCCUCCACCCUCCUGCCCUCCCCUCCCUGCUCCUCUUCCUCCUCCUCCGUCUAGCUCGCUCGCUCUAUCUCUUUAUCUCUGUCUCGCUCUUCAUCAAGAGAGGAGAGGUGGUCUGGGGUGGCCCCAAUGUCCACCACGCCGCACCGCACCCCCAUCCGUACUAUGACCCCCUCCACCCCAACACCAUCCACAUCCACACCUCUCCACUCCAGGCCCCCCUGCUGUAUCCAGAAUUCAGCUUUUUUUUCUUUAUCAGUUUUUUUUAUUAUUAUUAUUAUUAUUAUUAUUUUGUUUUUGUUAAUUUUUCUUUUUUUCUCUCUUUUUUUUUGUACCUGGAGUGUAGGGUGCUACUCUUUUCACCGCGCCCUCUGCAAGUGGGACUUCUCCUGACAUAUAACCGCCUGCAGUGGAUAGCCAAGCCUGCAGUGGAAUAUAGUGCGUAGUGUCGUACAUAAACACACAACAAACAAACAAACCAAUGAAAAGAAAAAAGAGAUACAUCAAAUGGGCCUGAGGCGCUUUUGUCAAGGUUGACAAAUGUAUAUAGUAUGUUAAUGUUUUGACUGUUCAGAAAUAAAUAAAAACAAAAAGAUAAAAAAAACACACAACUGCGCAACAAGUGUCAGUUUGCUGUUUGGGGGCGUCUUGCAAAUCUAUGAGAGAAAACACAAAACGACAACAACAAAAACUACGGAAAAAAAAUACAAAAAGGAAAAAAAAAAAAGAAGAAAAAAACGGCACCAAUUUUGUUUUCUCACCUGUGCUCAGAAGUGAGGUUUGGUCUGGACUGCCGAAGGGCAGUGUAUGGGAGUCAUUGGUUUAGGAAAGACGGACAUGGCUUCAAUUGUUCCUGUCGACUUACACCAGACUGGACCAGCUCCACAGCUACCGUAUCGGAGUUGGUGCUGGCAAAGAGAACCCUUAGAAAUGGUUGGGUGAAAAACUUUUAUGGUCAUUAUUUUUCCCUUCUGCCCCCCUUUACCCUCCUUGUUUUGGGUUGAUGUGACAAGUGGUGAUUUUGUUUCCAGAGAAAAAACUAUCAUUGCCUUUUUUCUUUCUUUUCAUUUCUUUUUUUUCUGCUGUUUCGAGACCUUUUUUGAAAAAAAAGCUCUAGUUAAUAUGCUGUAACAUUUAGCAUGGCUUCACAUCUGAAUAGUGUAGCCAAACGGGAAAGAAUAUGAUCAUUCAUGACAGCUGUAAUCCUUAAUCCAGAGCUCUUCUGACAAAGCCGCCUUCUUUUGGUUUUCUUUACUGCUCUUUUUAAUUUCAGUUUUCCUCUUAAGACAUUGUCUGCUAUUAAUUUUGAACCAAUGUAAGAAUAAGUGGCUUUUCAAUUGCACAUAUAAUCCUUGCUCACUCAUUCAACAAGUCCAGGUUUUUUUUGUUUUAUUUUCUUUCUUUUUUCCUCCCCUCUGGUGGGCUAAAAAAGCGCUUAGUUUUGGACAAUAGGAAUUACAAACUAAUAUAAAGACGGAGAAGCAAAAUGUAUAUGCAACGACUUUUGCAAUGCCAGGAUGCAAGGAACACAACAGACUGUGCUUUGUGUGGCCAGUUUGUCGGUCCUGGGUGGAGCCCAGUGUUGGACGGGCACUGAAGCAGAGCUCCUGGUGGCUAGAGAGAUGGCAUGGGUUGGGGUGGGGGAGAGCAAGGGGGCAAGACGGCAGAACUGACCGCCCCCCACCACCGCCACCCAAUCCCACGGCCCCUUCUACUGGAAUGAACGCAGGCUUAUUUUUCAGACUCUUCAUCCAAGGGGAUCGGACAUGAAAGCAGGGUUGUAUCAUAAGAUAACUGCUGGUUAGUCGUGUUGCAACUUGAGAUAAAGUUAAUCUUCUUUAGGAGUAAAGGUAACCAUCAGUAAAUACUGUAUUUAAUUGGUAACUUGAAUGCGUGUUUUUUUUUCCCCUCUUCCUCUGUCUAAAAAAAAAUACCAAAUACUCCUGCAAAUGAACAUAUUCUGCCCACCAUAUAAUAUUUAAAUACUUUGCUGUUUUAUUUUAUAGAAUUUAUUUUGUUGUAUUUCACUAAAAUAGAAUUUGAUUUAAGAGGAACAUUUUUUGUCCUUGUGUUAUUUUUAAAGAAGAUAUGGACUGUACAGAGUUCUUCGCCCUGUUUUUUGCCGACUUUUGUUUUGGCCAUGGUGUGACGUUGAAUUCUGGAGCUACAGUCGCGAUGUGAACUUUCACUUUGUGAGGUUUUUUUGUGCACAGAAAUAUUACAAAACAGAAAAAAAUCAACAAAAAAAGCAUUGCGCCCUUCAAGAAUAAAGAAAACGGAAUCUUGA